CCACAACCUUGAUGGGACGACUGUUACGAUUAGAAGUAGAGAACUUUAAGUCCUAUCGAGGACGCCAAACGAUAGGACCCUUUGAAGAUUUCACAUCGGUCAUUGGGCCGAAUGGUUCAGGAAAGUCGAAUUUGAUGGAUGCCAUCUCUUUUGUACUAGGUGUGAAGUCUUCUCAUCUGCGAUCGUCAAACAUUCGCGAGCUUAUUUAUAGAGGAAGGGUUAUGAGUAGUCAAGGGUCUACUUCUUUCGAUGACUCUCAAUCUCCACGCAGUGCAUAUGUAAAACUGGUUUAUGAAUUGGACGACGGUGAAGAACGCGAGUAUAAACGCGUUAUUACCCCUAAUGGUAGUGCCGAAUACAAAAUCAAUGACCAACCUGCUCAAUUUUCGGAAUAUUGCAAGUCUUUAGAAGAUCAGAAUAUUCUUGUACGUGCAAGAAACUUUUUAGUUUUCCAAGGAGAUGUUGAAGCGAUAGCUUCUCAAUCUCCCGUCGAUCUUUCUCGUCUUAUUGAACAAAUAUGUGGUUCUUUGGAGUUCAAAGGUGACUAUGAAAAGUACAAGCAAGAACAAGAUUAUGCCGUUAAUCUUUCAGCACAUUCAUUUAACAAGAAAAGGGGCAUAAACGCUGAAAUCAAACAAUACCAAGAGCAGAAAGCCGAGGCAGAACUUUAUGAGAGCAAGAAAGAGCAGAGAGAUAUUGCCUCGCUAAUCUUCUUGUUAUGGAAAUUGUAUCACAUCGAAAAAAACGUUCACUUCAAUACCAAGGAUAUCAAAAAAAUUCAAAACUCCACUCGAGAAUUAGCCAAACGCCAAGAGGCGUCUUCUGCUAAAGUUGAGUCUUUAAGAGAGCAAGAAGGUGCUAUUCAUCGGCAAUUACUUUUGUUUGAUAGGAACGUUCGUAAGCAAGAGAAAUUUAUUGCUUCCAAGCGACCAGAAUUAAUAUCUCUUGCUGAGAAGGCUUCAGAAUCGACCGUGAAUUUACAAAAGAUUCAAAGGAAAGUUGGAGAAGUUGAAAAAGAUUAUACUUCUCAAUCUAGUACCUUACAGAUGCUAGAAAACCAGCUUGCUUCGUUAAACGCUGCUGAAGAGCAGCUGAUUCGGAAUAUUCAUGAACGGGAAAAACAACGUAUUCAAAAACUUUCUCCUGAAGAUCAAAAAGAGUAUGAUGACUUACGGACCCAAGCUGACUUACAAAAUUCCAAAACCCUUACAGAGCUACAAUCACUAAAUCGCAAAAUCAAAGUUGCUUCUCAAGCAAGAAAUGCAUUAGCGGAAGUAGUUGAAGAUUUGAAAAUGAGAAAGACUCAAUCUAAAGAAAAGAUUCAUAAUUUAACAGAGGAGAAAGACGCUCUUAUAACUGAGGUUAAUCGUCGAAUUGAUGAAUUGGAAUCCGCUCGUCAAUCCAUACAACAAAAGCGUGCAAAUUAUUCCCACUUAUGUCAACAGGAACGUGAUCUUAAUGAUGAAUUACAUGUUUGUUUACAAAAACUACUUGAAGCCAAUGCAGAUAGAAAUGAGUCGAAUCAAGAUAUAAAGAAACGAGAAGCGCUUUACGCAAUAAAACGUAUUUAUCCUGGAAUUAAAGGGAGAGUUAUUGAUUUAUGCAGUCCCACACAAAAGAAAUACGAAAGUGCUUUGGUUGCCGCUUUAGGUAGAAACUUUGACGCCAUUGUCGUUGAGUCACAGGCUACUGCUAAGGAAUGUAUUGAAUAUAUUAGAGAGCAGCGCAUUGGUGUAAUGACUUUCCUUCCGAUGGACACAAUAGCUGUAAAGCCUAUCAAUCAAAGCUUCCGUGGUACGCAUGCAGGCGCUCGCUUAGCAAUUGACGUUGUAAAUUUUGAGCCUCAGUAUGAACGUGUUGUCGUGAGCGCCCUUGGAAAUACACUCAUUUGCGAUAACUUAAAUGUUGCCCGAGAUUUAUCUUACAACAAACGUGCCAAUGCUAAGACUGUUACCUUGGAGGGGACUGUGAUUCACAAGACUGGUCUAAUUACUGGUGGGUCUUCUAGUACUAGAUCCGCAAAGCAUUGGGAUGAUCGUGAAAUAGAACAGCUUAAACAAAACCAGAAUGAUUUGAUAUCGCGGAUUGAUAAGAUACAAACUGAAAAGGCGGCAUCUUUAGUUGUGGAACAGGACACGAUCAAUAUACAUAAUCUUGAAUCUGAAUUAUCCCUAAUGAAAGAAAGCCUCAAUGCUAAGCUAAGAUCAUUAGAAGACAAACGAAAAGAGUCAGAUCAUUUUAACGAACUUUACAGACAAAAGAAACCAGAAUUAGAGUCUUCUGAACGAGAGUUGUCGGAAAUGGAGGAAUAUCAAAGCGAACUUCUUCAACAGACUCAUGAAAUUGAAGAUAAAAUAUUUUUUAACUUCUGCAAAAGAACAAAGAUUACGAAUAUUCGAUCCUAUGAGGAACUACAAAGGUCUUUUACUCAGCAAUACUCACAAAAACAACUUGAGUUUGCAAAUCAAAAAGCUUUGCUGGAAAAUCGAUUAGGUUUUGAGCGACAAAGAACUUCGGAUAUUGAACUUCGAUUAAAUAGACUGAAGGAAUUUAUUCGCAAAGAUGAAUUAUCUAUUAAAGAAUAUGAACAAAAGCACGAAGUUUUGGAAACAGAAGUUGCUACUGCCGAAGCAGAAUUAGACCUAUUAAAAGAAGAGUCUGCCGAAACGAAAUCCAAAAAUGAGGAAGUAUUACGAACGAUAUCUCAACAUAAGUUAGAAAAUAAGCGCUUUUUAGCUGAAAUUACAAAGCUUCGAAAUGAUGUGACUCUUGCAGAAUCUGAGAUUGAACGCUUCGCUUCAGAUUGGCAUGCCAUUGUGAGGAAAUGUAAACUUGAAGACAUUCCUCUUCCGUUAUCCGAAGGAUCAUUAUCUAACAUCCCUAUAGAUGAGUUUGGACAAAAUGUUGACACAAUGGACAUCGAUAGCGACCCCAAAACCGUGCAAGCUGCUUUUGGUAAGUUUGGAAUUGAGGUGGACUAUGAGGAGUUGGAUGACGAAUUGAAGGGUGAUGGCUCCGAGAGUAUGGGUACAGUUCUUCAAGAGAAGUUACGUGAAUACGACGAGGAACUCGAAAGAAUGUCGCCAAACAUGAAAGCAAUGGAAAGGCUGGAAGUAGUUGAGCAACGACUUUCGCGUUUGGAUGAUGAAUUUGGAGAAGUCAGAAAGUCGGCUAAAACCGCCAAAGAACGAUUUAACAGUGUGAAAGAACAGCGCCUGAAAAAGUUUCAGGAGGCGUUUAAUCAUAUUUCCGAACAAAUUGACCCUAUAUAUAAAGAACUAACGAAAAGUCCAGCUUUUCCUCUUGGCGGUACUGCAUAUUUGACACUUGACGAUUCAGAUGAGCCAUAUUUAGGAGGUAUCAGAUUUCAUGCUAUGCCUCCCAUGAAACGAUUUCGAGAUAUGGAUCAAUUAUCGGGGGGCGAAAAGACAAUGGCAGCUUUAGCUUUACUCUUUGCAAUUCAUUCAUAUCAGCCUUCUCCGUUUUUCGUACUUGACGAAAUUGAUGCAGCCUUGGAUCAGACCAAUGUUUCAAAAAUUGCGAAUUACAUUCGCCAACAUGCGUCAAAUGGCUUUCAGUUCGUUGUUAUAUCCCUUAAAAACCAAUUAUUCAGUAAAUCUGAAGCCUUGGUAGGGAUUUACCGCGACCAAGAGCAAAAUUCUUCAAAAACGCUUUCCAUUAAUUUGGAAGCUUAUGCCCAAUAAUUUUUUAAAUGGGUUUCUAAAUCUUUCCAUAUAUUAUAUGUUUAUGACAGCUUUACAGGAUGAUUAUUUAUCGGACUUAUUGGUGAAACAUAAUGUUAAACUACUUAAAACAACUGAAGAUCAGAAUAUUUGACGCUAUGAUUGAAAAUGUUGCGUUCUUUACCUUGUUUAUUUAAUACUUGAGGUUAAUUGGUUCUUUAAUACAUGCCUAUUUACAUAAUAGCCAUACGAAAAGCAACGUUUUAUUAAUAAGAUAUUUUUAAAUAUAGACUC